AUGGCCGCUCCAGGCUAUUUAUCGAGUUCUUACAAUAGGCGACUUCGCUUUCGCCUCUUAAAGCCGGUUUUGCGUGCAUAUGCCUUGAGCUAUCUGUCAUACGUGACGCCGAAGAUUUUUGCUCGCGCAAAACAGCCGAGCCAGCGGGGUUGGACAAUCAGGCAGAAGAUUGAAGAGAUUCUUCGGAUUUUGCUCAAGUCGCUGCGGGUUGACAGCUUUCCAACCUUCUGUGCGAUCGUGGUGGGGGGCUCAACCGUUUCACCGGUGUUGUUGCAAAGAAUAUGCGUCUUGGCCUUAGGAGAUCAAUCGAAGAGUGCUUCUCAUAUCACACGACGCAUGAGGUCUUUCAUUCAGUUCUCCACGGCCCUCUUGGCAGCAUAUCUAGGAUUUGGCCUUCUCAACAAAAACCGUACAAUCUCGCGAGCAGAAGCUGAAGCCCACUUGACUGCUAAAUAUGGAACCCUUGACCGAGAGUCAGGGAGCGCCGCAGCUCCUCCGCUGCCAGAUCUUGCCGGCCGGACAAUGGAUUUGACCAUCUUCUCUGCCGUUCGAGCUGCGGAUGUGCUGGCAUGUAUGGCGUGGAACCACUGGGCCCGUCGGCGAAAAGCUCAGAAUAGGUGGACAAGAGUCGAGGAACUAUUUCCAGGCCUGGCUGACGCUGGUGUUUUUGCCAUGAGCGCUGCAGUGGUCAUGUGGGCUUGGUUUUAUCUUCCAAAAAGACUUCCCCGAACUUACGAAAAAUGGAUUGGAGAGGUUGCCAAGGUGGACAUGCGCCUGAUCGAGGCACUUCGGCGAGCACGUCGUGGGAUCUUCAUCUAUGGAAGAGAUACCGGGCAGGCUCCGCUUCUAAUGUCCAUGUGUAGAGACUUUGGCUGGCCGGAACAAUGGGGAGACCCGGCGAAAACUGCACCGAUUCCCUGCGAGAUGGUGCAUAUGGGCUGUGGACCCAACUGUGAGAUACACGCUCUGACACGCUUCUUUAAAACCUUCAAAGUCGCCUGUACGACGUAUGUUCCGCUGCAGAUUGUUUUCCGUCUGCAGAAGAUCAAGGAUCCAGCUGUGCUGCGCCGUGCGGUUCUUGAGGGCGCUCGGUCAUCGGCAUUUCUCGCCGCUUUCGUGGGUAUCUUCUAUUAUGCUGUGUGUCUGGCCCGAACGCGUCUUGGACCGAAAAUGUUCGAUGAAAAAACAGUGACGCCGCAGAUGUGGGAUUCUGGUCUUUGCGUGGGUGCUGGAUGUCUGCUAUGUGGAUGGAGUGUCUUGGUCGAACAACCGCGAAAGAGACAAGAACUGGCUCUGUUUGUGGCACCAAGGGCUGCUGCGACGGUGCUGCCACGUCUGUACGACAAAAAGUUUUCGGAAGGGAACCGGAUGUUCAUUCACCGAAGCUCCCAAAUGCUGACAAUCUUCUUUUCCUUACUGCCACAGUUCCAGUACCGCGAGCGAAUCGCAUUUGCCAUCAGUGCUGCUAUUCUCAUUACCACUCUACGUGAUAGACCUAGAUUGGUGCGAGGCGUCUUUGGGAAGAUCGCUGCCCGAGUUUUGAAUUAG